CGUAGCUGGAACUCAAUGGGAAUUCUCCUCUGCGUAGAAAACCGGCGACUCUGCGGAUAUUGACAUGUGGGGCGUGCACUUUGUUCUCGUGUUAACAAAAUGAGGAUAACAAUAUCCGUCUAAGGGGAGGAACAUUUUUUAACUACGCUAUCACAUGAUGUCGCGUUUGCCACAAAAACCGUUUCCGUAGCAGAGUAACUUAAUUUUCCGGUCCGGUGCAAGUUUCUUCUCAUGUUUGACUGAGCGGAAGUAGCAGACCGAAUAUAUUUCUCCAUAUGCUUACUUUACUCACAACUUUCGAUCUUCAGAAAGAUGUUAUUUCACAUAUUUCAACUAAGGACGACCCAGCGAGACGAAUAAAAGCAGAAGUAGACGCCAGAAUUCUCAACGUGGAAAAGGAUGGAGGUGUUCUGUAUUCAUGGAAAGGGUCCACAGGCAACACCAGGAUAGGGAAGUAUGAUCCCAGCACCAAGCAAAAUAAGCUCCUCUACACUUUUGACAAGGAGGUGCUUGUCAGCAGCUGCUCUGUAAACAAGGAAGAGACACUGCUUGCUGUCAGUCUGUCACAGGAUGCAAAGGCAGAGGACCGUUUGCAAUCCGUUUCAAAGUGUAAAACGCUGCUGAUCGAGAUCUGUCCGCAAAACAACAUCAAAGUCCUGAAAGCCGUCGACUGUAGAAUCAGAGUCCAGUUUUUAGACCCUGAAACUGAGAAGAAAAAUGUGCGUGAGAGUCACCUCCUGCUGCUUGCAGAAGAUGGAUACGUUGAACAAUUCCAUAUAUUCCUUGUCAAACAAGAAGGGUACAGAGUGGUGAUUCAGAACCCAGAACGCCUGGUCAAAGACAGGGUUGCUGAAGAUUUCACCUGGGUGCAGUGGGACGUGGAGGCACAGAGACUCUUCUACCUCACCUCCAGGGAAAAAUCCAUGUUGAGAUGUGUGCAGUUUUACCCAGACUGCAACUUUGAAACUCUGUUUGAACUGCCGCUGGAGUUGCCUGCCAGCCUGUUCAGCUCCGUGAGGUUCACUAACUUGGGAUAUGACCAUUAUAAUGAUGAGGUGUGGGAAGAUGGAGGAGGGAAGCUUCUGGUCUUCACCAGUAGAACAGGCAACAUGUGUGUGUGCUAUAGCCACCCUGUACAAGCUAGCGGGGACUUUGCUUACACAGUCGCCUUUGUGCACAGAGGCUAUAGUAAGACCUUCAGCGUGUCCAUACAGGGAGACACACCGCCCAGGGCCAGAGACCUGCUGUUUCUCUCCCUGGAUUAUUACAUCGUGGUGUACCUGGCCGGGCACUUCCUGCAUUUCAUCAACAGCAGGCAGCAGGAUCUGCCCUGCCACAGCCUCUUCCUCUCUGGCGGAGAUGCCAGACUGGGUCAGCUCGGGCCCAGCAGUGAGGUUCUGACCCUCCCUGACGCCACGCUGCUGGAUGUGCGGUCCGGGACGAUGUGCAGGGUCGGGAUCAGCCACUCCGCCCUGCUGGACCUCCUGUGCCAGAGCAGACUGGACGCUCAGCGGCUGGCCUGCCUGCACUGCAUGCUGGUCUACAUGAGCCCCGACCCGGAGGUUGAGCUGAAGAUCAUACACUGGAUCUGUGAGAAUGUCAUGGCUUUGGAGAACUUUGAUCAGAUUCAGGAAUUCAUACUGGCUUCCCUGUACAGGAUGGUGUACCAGCAGUCUCUCAGUCUGGAUAAAGUCUUGCCAUAUUCAUCUGUGCUCGAGAGGAAGGACUUGCCUGUGUGUCUGAAAGAGAUCCCUGGUGUGAAGUGUUCCUCUGAGCUCCUCUGUGAGCCAGUGUUUCGAGGAAAGCCCAGGCACUUCAAAGGAUACUGGGAGGAACUCCGGUGGAACAUGGAGAAGAUGAAAUACUUUGAAGCAGUUCCAAACCCAAGAUACAGAACCUCUCUGAUCCAGGCAGAUUGGUCCCGCUUGCUGGCCCAAAUGAAUUCAGAGGAGAAGAAGCCUGCCAACAGUUUUCGACACAUUGAGGAGAAUACCAAAAAAGUGCUGUCCAUGGUGGAUACCUGGCGUUUAGACAAGAAGGUGGUGCCCCUCUUUCAGGAGGAGGAUCAGCAGCAGAGGGCGCUGAUAGGCCUGAUGGUGGACAAAUUGAGGGAACACUUGAACAGGCAUUUACUUAGCCUGGGAAAGAAGAAGAUUGACACACUCGUUGUCAAUUACGUCGCAAAGCUGCUGGAGCUGGUCAGAAACAUGCUGGAGACGGUGUGGUUGAAGUACGAGCUGGGCCCUCACGUGCUGUCUUUUAAGCAGAAGGGUGGUCGGAAUGAGUGGGCCGUCUUUCACGUGAUGAGCCGCAUUCUGGAAGCUACGAAAGGCCUGUGUCUACCCCUCCCUCCUGGAUACCACACUUUGCUGUCCGUGCUUGGGGUGCGCUGUCUUCCACGGCACACCUUCCUGCAGUAUGUGGACCAUGGCCUGCUGCAGCUCACUGAGACCUUUGUGUCACGCCUAAUGACAGACCUGGACAACAGCGAUGACAAUGAAAAGCUCAAGUUUAGUAUUCUAAAGAGACUUCCUGAGUCCAGGGAACAGAAGCUCUUCCAGCUGUGGGAUCACCCAAUAAGCUCGGCUUGUAUAUCCAGGAAAUACGUCCAAGGGCUCCUUGCGAAACACGCCAAGACAAAAGGCUCCGUCUUCAGGGAGAGGGAGAAGUCGUGCUUCCAGCCUCAGUUCCUGCCUCUCAUCUACCUCACCAAAAUUCUCUCCGAUAUGGAAAGUCAAGUGCUGAACCCGUUUGAGGAGCAGGAGCACGUGGACGCCAGGUUUGUUGAGGAGACCGCGCUGAAACAGACCCUCAUCUUGUUGGGGCUGGAGGACAAGUGAGGACGGACUGCAAGGCCGGCCUGAAGAGGAGCCCCUGAAGACUAACACCAGUGUGCAAAGGCCUCUCUCACACCUUGCCAUCCUAAUACACAUGGUUCAUGUGCACUAGGACCCAAGAUCUGGUCCUAGGUGGGUGCAAGGCACGGUGUGGGAUGUUACUCAUCAGCCCUCUAUGAGUUGGGGACUUCACAUGUGGAAGGGUCUGGUCUUUAUAAGUUAUGUGUUCUGCUCCUGAAUUUGCAGAAGGGCUGUGUCUUCCACAUAUAGACACAAAUGUCUUUCAUUAGUUUGCUAGCCCUGAGGGACAGAAAAUGAAAAAGACCGUGGCACAUGGUGUCUGCAUUCUCCACCGUGCCUCUAAUAUAUUCCAUAGGGUUUCCCCAAAAAAAAAAAAAAAAAAAAAAAAAAAGGAACCAGGUGCUACUGGACAUAUUACCAGUGAAACUGAAACAAACGAUUCUGGUCCUCAUACUACAGCAGGUGGACUACAUUCGGUGGAAUUUUGGGCACUUUCAGUGCGCGACGGUGCCCUGAAGGGAGCUCGGCAACACUUCUGGGAAAUGGCUGACUCGGAACAUCUUGGACUGCUCUCCGGGAAAGCUAAUUAGAGGAGAGGUAAUUACUGGGUCCGGCUGCAGUAUUGCUCCACUGAGGCUGUGAAGCAGCAGUGUAAUUUCCGAUUCUCAGUGAGCAGUUGUGAAAUCAACUGCACUCAGCCUCUCCCGAUUGAAAACGGGAACCCCCCCCCCACAAGCUUACUGCAAAACGGGAAGCAUCCUCACUUUCUGAGGGCGAUACACUUUUGCUGUAUAUUUCCUUUCCCAGUGACCUGUUAGUGAUUAUCAGGGGGUAAUGAACUGUGAUAAGCACAUUUGGAAAAUUGGUGUAUUAGACCCAAAAUAAAUCUUGCAUACUGAUAAACUGGAAAAGGGAUUUUUUUUAAAAACGCGUUUGUGUUUUUCAAACAGCGUGGACCCCGCUGUAUUGUACAACUAAUUGUACAUUGUAAAUAAAAAUACACCUUUGAAGAUGAA